GGAAUCCUGACAUUAAUGUGGGACAAUAAGAACGAACUGUCACUCACUCUUCACAAACAAUAUCCAACUUGUGGUCUCUGUGGCAGUUUCAACAACACUCAAGAAAAUAUCAAUGAGCUCAUCUCCAAAAGUCAAAUUCCUGGUGAUUGUCCCAAAGCUGUCAGUAAAGUCUAUGAAGUGUGUGAAGAUGGGGUGCAGCAAUGCAAUAAGAUUAUUGGCACCUACUUUGAGAAGUGUGGAAAGGUGGCUCCUUUAGUCGGAGACUUCAAGAUGGUCUGUAUCGAUGAGCACUGCACGGCCCGUGGCCAGGAGGUUUCCUGCUACACCUAUUCCGAGUUAUCAAGGCUCUGUGCUGCCGAGGGCCCGGGUGCCUAUGAGGCCUGGCGUGAGGACCCCGAAGUGACCUGCGAAAAACCUAAAUGCCCAGAAAAUCAUAUCUACAAAGAAUGUGGACCCUCCAAUCCUGCAACUUGUUCGAAUGUGGCCCCCUUCCAAGACAGCGACUGUGUGAGUGGCUGCACCUGCCCUGAAGGUUACCUGUUGGAUGAUAUUGGAAAGAAAGGAAGAUGUGUUUUAAAAUCUGAAUGUCCCUGUGAAUCUAAUGGAAAAAUAUAUCAGCCAGGAGAAGUCCGAGAAGGUCCUUGUAGUUCUCAGUGCACAUGCCAAGAUGCCAAGUGGUCUUGCACUGAAGCCAAGUGUGCUGGAAGAUGUAAGGUAGAAGGAAGCUCAAUCACCACAUUUGACGGUGUUAAAUAUAAUCAUCCUGGAGACUGUCACUUCUUGGCCAUUCAUGAUAAAGAUUGGUCUGUUAGUGUGGAACUUCGUCCAUGUCCAUCAGGAACAUGCUUAAACAGUGUCACAGUUGCCUUGAAUUCGUCUGUUUCAGUAAGCAAAUAUACUUUCAACAAAGAUGGCACAGUCAUAAAUGACAAGAUCAGAAAUCAACAUUAUUACUAUUCGGAUGAAAUACGGAUCUCCAAAAUAUCUUCCUCAUACUUUCAAGUAGAAACACACUCCCAUGUAAUAAUGCAAAUACAAACUGAACCUGUAAUGCAAUUGUAUAUUUCCAUGCCACCCCACGAAUUCCCAGACACUGUCGGGCUCUGUGGCUCCUACAACAACAAAGUGGAGGAUGACUUCAUGUCCAGUCAGAGCAUACUGGAGAAGACAUCUCAGGCCUUUGCUAGCUCAUGGGAAAUGAUGCCCUGUCCUAAAGGAAGUCCCAGUUCAUGCAUCAGUAUUGAAAAUGAAAAGUUUGCUGAAAAACAUUGUGGAAUUCUUCUUGAUUCAAGUGGGCCUUUUGCUUCUUGCCAUCCAGUUGUAAACCCCAAACCAUAUCAUGAGGAAUGUAAAAAAUACACUUGUGCUUGUGAAAGCAGCCAGGACUGCCUGUGUACAGUUUUAGGCAACUAUGUGAAGGCAUGUGCUGAAAAGAAGACAUACAUAGAAGGAUGGAGAGAAGGACGAUGUGAACAUUCUUGUCCAACUGGCCUAGUUUUCAAAUAUAAUGUGAAAGCCUGCAAUAGUUCUUGCCGAUCGCUGUCAGAAAGAGAUAGAAGCUGUGAUUUAGAUGAUGUCCCAGUUGAUGGGUGUACCUGCCCAAAUGGAAUGUACUACAAUAAUGAAGGAAAUUGUGUUCCAAAAUCUCAGUGUGAUUGCUACUUAAAUGAUGAAGUCAUGCAACCAGGAAAACUCAUCCACAUUGAUGACAAUAAAUGUGUCUGUCGGGACGGAAUUCUUCUUUGUCAAACUCCCAUUGACUUAACUCUACAGAAUUGUUCUGGAGGUGCUGAGUAUGUGGACUGCAGGGACCCUAAAGCACAGAGAAGAGUGGAUAGAACAUGUAGCACUAGAAACAUACCCACUUUUGACGAGAACUUGGCCUGCAAACGUGGGUGCUACUGUCCAGAAGGAAUGGUUAGAAAUUCUAAAGGGCAGUGUGUCUUCCCUGAUGAUUGCCCAUGCUCAUUUGGUGGACGAGAGUAUGACCAAGGAAGUGUCACCUCAGUUGGCUGCAACAAAUGUACUUGUAUAAAAGGAUCUUGGAACUGCACACAAAAUGAAUGUCAAACCACUUGUCACAUCUAUGGUGAAGGUCAUGUUAGAACUUUUGAUGGAAAAAGUUACAGCUUUGAUGGUCUCUGCCAGUAUUCAUUUCUUGAGGAUUACUGUGGUCGUGAAAAUGGCACAUUCCGUAUUUUAACAGAAAGUGUCCCCUGCUGUGAAGAUGGCCUUACAUGUUCAAGAAAAAUCAUAGUAGCUUUUCAGGAUCAGAAUGUUGUCCUGCAUGAUGGUAAAGUAACAGCAGUCAAAACUACAGAAAGUAAGGAUUGUAAACUCAGUGAAAAUUCAUACUCUGUACAUACAGUUGGUCUGUACUUGAUUGUGAAGUUCGUCAGUGGAGUGACCGUGAUUUGGGAUAAAAAUACAAGAAUUUCUGUUAUAUUGGACCCACAAUGGAAUGGCAAAGUGUGCGGUCUUUGUGGCAAUAACAAUGGUGAUCUCAAGGAUGAUUUCACAACAAGAUACUCGUCAGAAGCUUCUGGAGCCCUGGAAUUUGGAAAUAGUUGGAAAACUAGUCAAGAAUGCUCGGACACAGUAGCUCAAACUUUCCCAUGUGACUCAAACCCCUAUUGUAAAGCCUGGGCUGUACGGAAAUGUGAGAUCAUCCGGGACAGCACCUUCAGGGAGUGUCACAGCAAGGUGGAUCCCAGCUCUUACUAUGAUGCGUGCAUCGAGGAAGCAUGUGCCUGUGACAUGGAGGGCAAAUACCAGGGUUUCUGCACAGCAGUGGCCAUGUAUGCAGAGGCAUGCAGCGCUGUCGGCGUCUGUGUCACUUGGAGAAAACCAGAUCUCUGUCCGGUCUACUGUGAUUACUACAAUGCUCCUGGAGAAUGCAGCUGGCAUUAUGAACCUUGUGGCACUGUGACAGCAAAAACAUGCAAAGAUAGAGUCAUUGGGCAGAAAUUCUCAGCUCAUUUAGAAGGUUGCUAUGCUAAGUGUCCAGAUGAUGCUCCUUAUUUGGAUGAAAACACCAUGAAAUGUGUCCGCCAAUCAGAAUGCAGCUGUUUCUACAAUGAUGUUAUACCAGCUGGAGGAGUGAUCCAAGAUAAUUGUGGAAGAACAUGCUACUGCAUCGCAGGAGAGCUGGAGUGUAGUGGAUAUGCCACAACAAGUUCUUCCAUGGAUGGAUCAAGGACAACAAAAUCAAAUGUAGAUAACAAGACCCCAGAUGAAUCUUCAGAACAUUCAACAACAAAAGCACCAACAAAAGAUUCAGAGACCACCACUUCCUCUGGUGUAGAACCCACAACAUCUGGAUCCUCUCAAGAGUCAAAGACAACAGCCUCAGGAACUACAGGGUCUUCCCCAGCAACACCUGCCAAAGGAGAUUCAAGUACAACCAAAUCAGGUAGUCCUACGAGCACCACUGGAGGAUCUGGUAAGCAAUCCAGCACAACAGUAGUACCUGGUAAGGAUUCAGAGAAUGCCACGCCCUCUGGUGUAGAACCCACAACAUCUGGAUCCUCUCCUCAAGAGUCAAAGACAACAGCCUCAGGAGGUGCAGUGUCUUCCCCAGCAACAGCUGCCAAAGGAGAUUCAAGUACAGCCAAAUCAGGUAGUCCUACGAGCACCACUGGAGGAUCUGGUAAGCAAUCCAGCACAACAGUAGUACCUGGUAAGGAUUCAGAGAAUGCCACGCCCUCUGGUGUAGAACCCACAACAUCUGGAUCCUCUCCUCAAGAGUCAAAGACAACAGCCUCAGGAGGUGCAGUGUCUUCCCCAGCAACAGCUGCCAAAGGAGAUUCAAGUACAACCAAAUCAGGUAGUCCUACGAGCACCACUGGAGGGUCUGUUAAGCAAUCCAGCACAACAGUAGCACCUGGUAAAGAUUCAGAGAACGCCACGCCCUCUGGUAGUCAAAGACAACAGCGUCAGGAGGUGCAGGCUCUUCCCCAGCAACACCUGCCAAAGGAGAUUCAAGUACAACCAAAUCAGGCAGUCCUAUGA